AUGAGAGUAUUCAGCUUCAGUGCGUGGUUUGCAACCGCCUACUACUUCGCUGCGGUAUGGGCAUUGACCAUCACAGAAGAUACCGUGAGCGUCUCCCCCAUCAGUUUGCUGAUUGGAUCGCUCACAAUAAACCCAGGCGUUUACUACUCCAUCGUAAACAACGCAGCCACGGUGCUUGCGGGCAACUUGAACAACCAGGGUGGUUUUUACGUCACCUCCGCAAACGGUUUGGCAGCGUCCGUCUCCAUCGCGCUGGGUCUGAUCAGAAACAGCGGAGAUCUCGCCUUCAACUCCUUGAGAUCCAGCAUCGUGAGCACCUACAAUUUGAACUCCGUCUCCACUUUCUCCAACACCGGUGACAUGUGGCUUGGUAUCAGCGGACACUCGUUGCUUUCUCCAAUCACCCUAGGCUCGGCCACACUGUGGCUGAACUCGGGUAAAAUCUACCUUAGUCAGAACUCCGGCUCCGCCUCCACGGUGACCAUUACCCAGGCGCUCGGCUCCAUCACCAACGACGGUACCAUCUGUCUUGAGCGUUUGAGCUGGCUGCAAACCACCAGCAUUGGCGGCUCUGGAUGUAUCAACGUCAUGGACGAUGCGCUGCUUCUGCUUCUUAUCAGCCCAUGGAACGUCGACAAGGCCCAGACCAUCUACCUUUCGUCCGACACGGCGCAAUUGUCGGUGCUUGGUUUGUCGCAGAGUCUCACCGGUACCAAGACGUACAAUGUGGUUGGUUUUGGUGACGGCAACACUCUCCGUGUCAGCACCGGUUUCACCUCGUGGAGCUACUCGGGCAGCACCUUGACGCUUUCCUUCUUCUUGGGUAUCUUCAAGAUUGCCUUCAACAUUGGUACGGGCUACUCGUCCCUGGGAUUCUCCACCAACGGUGUUUUCGGCGCUGGCACCCGAAUCUCCUACUCUGGCGCCUACCCGGGCACGGUGCCCCGGAUCUGUUACUGUGAGGAUUUCCCUGAGCCCACCACGACGGCCUUGCCAUCGUCGUCCACCCAGAGCUCCUCCAGCACUGUGAUUUCCAGUUCCAGUUCGUCUUCCAGUUCGUCUUCCAGUUCAUCUUCCAGUUCGACUCCUGCCAGCUCGACUCCUGCCAGCUCAAUUCCAGCUUCUAGCUCAGCUCCUUCAUCAAUUCCUUCAAGCUCAGCUCCAGAUUCGAGCUCAAUUGCUUCAAGCUCAGCUCCCUCAAGCUCAAUUCCUUCAAGCUCAACUCCUGCUAGUUCCAGUUCUGUUGCUUCCAGCUCCAGCUCUCCUGCCUCCAGUAGCUCCGUUGCUGAAUCCACAGUUUCAACUUCUAACCCCACUACUACCCCAGACUUUUCUGAUUUCUCCACCACAUGGACCACCACGGCUUCUGACGGCAGCGUUUCCACAGAAUCUGGACUUGUCGUGGUGACGACCGACUCGGACGGCUCCUGGACAACCUCCACCUCCGUUUCACCCAAUCCAUACACCAGCUUCACCUCCACCUGGACUACCACCGAUGCCAAUGGCAACACCGUCACGGAAAGCGGCGUUGUUGUAGUCACCACCGACUCCGACGGAGCCUUGACCACGUCGACCUCGGAGUUUCCGUACGAGGGACCCACAGAGUACACUUCUACGUGGACCAGCACCGAUUCUGAAGGCAACCCCGUGACGGAAUCGGGUGUGGUGAUUGUCACUACCGACUCGGAUGGCAGUUUGACCACCACCACUUCGGAGUUUGGUAGACCCACUGAAUUCACGUCCACCUGGACCACCACAGACUCCGACGGAAACCCCUCCACGGAGUCCGGCGUCGUCAUCGUCACCACAAACUCGGCUGGCUCGCUCACAACCACCACCUCCGUCAUCCCACCUCCAUAUACCACCUUCACCACGACGUGGACUUCGGGCACUGAUGGCAGCGAGGUGACCGACUCGGGCGUUGUGAUUGUCACCACCGACGAAAACGGGUCCUUGACCACGACAACGUCGGUGAUUCCUCCUCCCUACACUACCUACACCACCACGUUCACCACAACCGACGCUAGUGGUAACCCAGAGACCGAAUCGGGUGUUGUCGUUGUCACCACCGGCUCCGACGGUGCUUUGACCACCACCACGUCGGUCAUUCCUCCCCCAUACACCACAUACACGAGCACCUGGACCACCACAAACGCUGAUGGUGACAGUGAGACUGACUCUGGAGUUGUGAUUGUGACUAGUGACGAGAACGGUGCUUUGACUACUACUACUUCAGUAAUUCCCCAGCCAUACACCACUUUCACCACCACCUUCACUACAACAGAUGCAAGCGGAAACCCCGAGACUGAGAGUGGUGUGGUGGUUGUGACUACUGACGAGAACGGAUCUUUGACUACCAGUACCUCGUUGAUUCCUCAGCCUUUCACCACCUUUACCACCACAUUCACCACUACGGAUGCGGACGGUAAUCCAGAAACUGAAUCCGGUGUUGUGGUUGUGACUACUGGCUCUGACGGUGCAUUGACGACCACCACUUCGGUGAUCCCUCCUCCUUACACCACUUUCACGACUACCUGGACAACAGAUGGUGCUGAUGGAAACCCAGAAACAGAAUCGGGCGUGGUAAUUGUGACUACAGGUACCGAUGGUGGUUUGACUACCACAACCUCUGUGAUUCCUCCACCAUACACUACGUUCACUACCACCUUCACCACCACUGAUGCUAGCGGCAAUCCAGAGACUGAAAGCGGUGUUGUGAUUGUGACCACAGAUGAGAGCGGUUCCUUGACUACUACUACUUCGGUCAUCCCUCCACCAUACACCACUUUCACAACCACUUUCACCACUACUGACGCCAGCGGUAACCCUGAGACUGAGAGUGGUGUCGUAAUUGUGUCAACAGGUACGGAUGGUGCUUUGACUACAACGACAUCCGUUAUUCCACCACCAUACACAACAUUUACCACCACCUUCACUACUACGGAUGCUGAGGGUAACUCAGAGACUGAGAGUGGGGUGGUUGUUGUAACUACCGAUGAGAACGGAUCGUUGACGACAACUACCUCCGUUAUCCCACCACCAUACACCACUUAUACGACCAGCUUUACUACAUCGGACGCCAGUGGAAAUCCCGAAACCGAAUCUGGCGUGGUGAUUGUUACAACAGGUACUGAUGGUGCAUUAACGACCACUACGUCUGUGAUUCCACCACCAUAUACCACUUUCACUACAACAUUUACCACGACUGACGCUAGUGGAAUUCCAGAAACUGAAUCAGGCGUCGUGAUUGUCACUACCGAUGAGAAUGGCUCGUUGACAACCACUACUUCGGUGAUUCCUCAGCCAUUCACUACCUUCACCACGACAUUUACAACUACUGAUGCUAGUGGAAACCCAGAAACUGAAAGUGGUGUCGUGAUUGUCACGACAGGUUCUGAUGGUGCUUUGACUACUACAACUUCUGUUAUUCCUCAGCCAUUUACCACCUUCACCACUACAUUCACUACCACCGAUGCUAGUGGCAAUCCAGAGACCGAAUCAGGUGUCGUGAUUGUUACGACUGAUGAGAAUGGCUCUUUGACGACUGCCACGUCAGUGAUUCCUCAACCAUUCACUACAUUUACGACAACAUUCACAACUACCGAUGCCAGUGGUGACCCUGAAACUGAAAGCGGUGUUGUGGUGGUCACGGCUGAUGAAAACGGCUCGUUGACAACCAGUACCUCGGUCAUUCCUCAGCCUUUCACCACAUUCACGACUACCUUCACUACUACUGACGCUAGCGGGAAUCCCGAGACUGAAUCGGGCGUCGUUAUUGUGACUACUGAUGAAAACGGCUCGUUGACCACGACUACUUCAGUUAUUCCACAACCAUUUACUACGUUCACUACCACUUUCACCACGGCUGAUGCCAGUGGAAACCCAGAGACCGAGUCAGGUGUCGUUAUUGUGACAACCGGUUCUGAUGGAGCCUUGACUACGACCACUUCGAUCAUUCCCCCACCCUACACCACCUUCACUACCACUUUCACCACUACCGAUGCAAGUGGAAACCCUGAGACUGAAAGCGGCGUGGUUGUUGUGACUACCGAUUCCGAGGGUGCUUUGACUACAACUACGUCGAUCAUCCCUCAGCCAUUCACUACGUUCACAACGACUUUCACUACAACCAAUGGUGAAGGAAACCCAGAGACUGAUUCUGGCGUCGUCAUUGUGACAACUGACGAUAACGGAUCGUUGACCACCACUACUUCGAUCAUUCCUCAGCCAUUCACCACCUUCACUUCCACAUGGACUACAGAGAAUGCUGACGGUAAUCCAGAGACUGCUUCAGGCGUGAUCAUCGUCACUACUGACUCUGACGGUGCUUUGUCCACCACUACUUCUACCAUCCCUCCUCCAUACACCACCUUCACCACCACCUUUACUAAUACUGAUGCUAGUGGUAACUUUGAGACCGAAUCUGGUGUCGUGGUUGUUACAACGGACGAGAAUGGCUCUUUGACCACCACUACCUCGAUCAUUCCUCCUCCAUACACCACUUUCACUAGUACUUUCACCACUACUGAUGCUAGUGGCAAUCCAGAGACCGAAAGCGGUGUUGUAAUCGUGACUACUGGUUCCGAUGGUGCAUUGACUACUACCACUUCUGUUAUCCCACCACCCUACACCACUUUCACGACUACGUUCACUACCACCGAUGCAAGUGGUAACCCAGAAACCGAGUCGGGUGUGGUUAUUGUAACUACUGACGAAAACGGUUCUUUAACAACAACUACUUCGGUUAUUCCCCCACCAUACACCACCUUCACCACUACCUUUACGAAUACUGAUGCUAGUGGCAAUCCAGAAACGGAGUCAGGUGUCGUCAUCGUUACCACAGGUACUGAUGGUGCGUUGACUACUACUACUUCAGUCAUUCCACCACCUUACACAACCUUUACCACUACUUUCACCACUACGGAUGCCGAAGGUAAUCCAGAGACUGAAUCUGGCGUUGUCAUUGUGACUUCUGAUGAAAAUGGAUCGUUGACCACUACAACAUCGGUGAUUCCUCCACCAUACACCACAUUUACCACGACAUUUACUACGACCGAUGCCAGUGGUAACCCUGAGACUGAAAGCGGUGUGGUUGUUGUGACUACCGACGAGAAUGGAUCGUUGACUACUAGCACUUCCAUUAUUCCUGAGCCAUUUACUACUUUCACCACUACCUGGACUACGGAUGAUGGAAAUGGAUCUCCAGUAACCGAGUCUGGUGUCGUGAUUGUAACUACUAAUUCGGACGGUUCUCUUGCAACUACAACCUCCACAAUUGAGCCACCUUACACUACCUACACUACGACAUUUACUACUACCGAUGCUGAAGGUAACCCAGUCACCGACUCUGGUGUUGUCGUGGUGACCACUGAUUCAGAUGGUUCUCUUUUGACCACGACUUCUGUGAUUCCACCACCAUACACCACAUUCACAACUACCUGGACUUCUACUGACGCUGAUGGCAAUAUCGAGACUGAUUCUGGUUUGGUGAUCGUGACGACUGAUCAGAAUGGUGCCUUGACGACCACUACAUCUGCAUUUGUCCCUGAGGUUUCUGCCUCCGCUUCAUCUUUCGAAAAUCCUCCAUUCACCACUUUUACUACCACUUUUACUACCACGAACGCUAAUGGCGACCCUGAAACAGACUCUGGUAUUGUGAUUGUGACUACUGACUCGAAUGGCGCUUUGUCUACCACCACCUCCAUCAUCGCUCCAGGCACUUACACUACUACCUGGACAACUACUGAUGACAAUGGUGAUGCUGAAACUGAAUCUGGUGUUGUGAUUGUUACUACUGAUGCCGACGGAGCAUUGACAACCACUACAUCUACGAUCCCAGCUCCAUGGACCACUUACACAACCACCUUCACAUCCACAGAUGCUGACGGUAACCCUGUCACUGAGUCUGGUGUUGUCGUUAUCACUACAGAUGAAAAUGGCUCCUUGACUACCUCUACCUCGAUUAUUCCAGAGGCUUUCACUACGUUCACUACAACCUGGACAACAAAUGACGCCAACGGAAACGAGGAAACUGAUUCCGGUGUUGUGAUUGUUACGACUGAUGCCGAUGGUGCUUUGACCACAACUACUUCUGUCAUUUCGGCCGAGGCAUCUAGCUCUGAAGCCCCAGGUUACACCACCUUCACCACUACCUUCACUACCACUGAUGCCAAUGGUAACCCAGAGACUGACACUGGUGUGGUUAUUGUGACUACAGACUCGGAUGGUGCUUUGUCAACCACCACUUCUGUGAUCUCACCACCAUACACCACUUUCGCCACAACCUGGACUACUACUGACGCAAACGGUGACCCUGUGACCGACUCCGGUGUUGUGAUAGUGACUGAGGAUGACAAUGGAUCUUUGACUACAACAACUUCCACUUUGGCUGCAGCACAGACGACUUACACCACCACAUGGACUACCACCGACUCCGAUGGAAACCCUGCUACUGAAUCUGGUGUGGUCAUCGUUGACACUGAUUCCGCUGGUGUCUUGACCACCACUACUUCUCAGUACCCUGAUGCUGCCUCCUCUGGUGCUCCAUUGACCACUUACACCACUACCUGGACGACCACGGAUGCUGACGGUAACCUAGCUACCGACUCUGGUGUGAUUAUUGUGACCACCGACUCGGAUGGCUCAUUGACCACAACUACUUCUGAGUUUGGUUCUCAAGAAUCUGGUGAUGUCACAGAGUACACAACAACUUGGACUGCUACGGAUACUAAUGGAAACCCAGUGACUGAGUCCGGUGUUGUCAUCGUCACUACCGACUCCGCAGGUUCAUUGACCACCACUACUUCAGAGUUCCCUGCUUCUGGCCCAACUGAGUUCACCACUACAUGGACUACCACUGACUCCAACGGAAAUCCAGUUACUGAGUCCGGUGUUGUCAUCGUCACUACCGACUCCGCAGGUUCAUUGACGACUACUACAUCUCAAUUCCCUGACUCCGGCCCAACUGAGUUCACUACCACCUGGACUACCACCGAUCCCAAUGGAAACCCAGUGACCGAGUCCGGUGUUGUGAUCGUGACUACCGAUUCCGACGGUUCCUUGACCACAAGUACCUCCGAGUUCCCUGACGUUACUGACUACACCACCACCUGGACGACCACCGAUGCUAGUGGUAACCCAGUGACCGAAUCUGGAGUCGUGAUUGUUACCACUGAUUCUGACGGUGCUUUCACCACUACCACUUCUCAGUUCCCUGAUUCAGGUGCAACUCAGGUUACCACCACUUGGACCACUACUGACAGCAAUGGUAAACCAGUUACCGAAUCUGGUGUUGUUGUCGUUACUACUGAUUCUGACGGAGCAUUGACAACUUCGACCUCGCAGUUCCCUGGCUCUGGUCCAACCGAGUUAACUACUACCUGGACUACUACUGAUGCUGAUGGAAACCCAGUGACUGAUUCCGGUGUUGUCAUUGUCACUACCGAUUCCGACGGUGCUGUGACUACCUCUACUUCGUUGUUUCCUGGUGAAGCUGAAAGCGAGUACACCACUACCUGGACUUCCACCGACGCCAAUGGUAACCCUGUCACUGAAUCAGGCGUUGUUAUCGUCACCACUGACUCUGAGGGCUCCUUGACUACAACCACUUCUCAAUUCGGCCAACCCGGUCAAACUGAUGUCACCACGACCUGGACGACAACUGGUGCAAAUGGUAAUGUGGAGACCGAUUCUGGUGUUGUUAUCGUGACCACUAACUCUGACGGAGCUUUGACUACUACAACCUCUAAGUUCCCUGGUGCUGGUGAGACCGAGUUCACUACAACUUGGACCACCACCAAUGCUGAUGGAAACCCAGUGACUGAGUCCGGUGUUGUCAUUGUUACAACCGACUCUGAUGGUGCUUUGACGACUACUACUUCAGAGUUCCCUGAAUCUGGCACUACCGAGCUUACUACUACUUGGACUACCACUGACUCCAACGGCAACCCAGUUACUGAAUCCGGUGUUGUGAUCGUCACCACCGAUUCCGAAGGUUCGCUCACCACCACCACUUCUGAAUUCCCUAACUCCAUUGCUCCUACUUCCUACAUCAGCACCUGGACUACGGACUCCGAUGGCAGCCCAGUGACCGAAUCCGGAGUGGUUAUUGUCACUACUGACUCUGACGGCCAGUUGAUGACAACCACUUCUGCAUUCCCUGAGGUUACUCCGGGCUUGACCAGUUUCCCAACUACUUGGACUACUACCGAAGAUAAUGGUGACGUUGUUACCGACUCCGGUGUGGUUAUUGUCACCACUGAUUCAGAGGGCGAGUUGACCUCGUUCACCUCAGAAUACCCCAACGAGACCCCAGCCUUGACGAGCUACCCAACGACCUGGACAUCUUCAGGCUCUGACGGUAGUGUCACCACUGAAUCUGGUGUUGCUGUCGUGACAACUGAUUCUGAGGGCUCCUUGACAACUUCCACUUCUGCUUAUGGCAGCUCUCCAUCCAGCGAGUACACCACUGCAGUUGUCACCACCGAUGUCAACGGAGAGACCAUAACCAAGACCGUUGUUGUUUGCGAGACUACCGACUCCAACGGUGAGUUGACCACGUCUACUUCUGAUUACGUCACCGACGCCUCUCCAUCAAGUGAGACCACCACAGUCGUCACCACUGACGUCAACGGCGAAACUAUCACCAAUACUGUUGUUGUCUGUGAGACCACCGACUCUGACGGCGAGUUGACCACAGUCACCUCCGUUCCACCAGUGACCACCACUUUCGUUUCCACCGAUGAAGAAGGAGCUGAAUCCACCGUGACUGCUGCCAUCCACAAGAGCACUGUCCACGGUACUGUGACUUAUUACACCUCCAUCUGUCCUGAGUCUUCUGCUCCUGGUGUGACCGAUGCUCCAGGUAAGUCUACUAUUGCAGGCGAGUCUGUGUCUAUCGAGACCACUGAGGCUGCUCCAGCUGAGACUUCUGAAGGCACAACCGCUCCAGCGGAGACUGCCGUUGAUGGUACAACUGCCGCCGAGGCUCCUGCUGACACUCCUGUCCAAACACCUGCUGCUGUUACCUCCGAGGCAGGCUCUACUACCGUUUCUGGAGAUGCCACUGAGCCUACUACGGCUUCGCCAGAAGCACAAGGUCCAGCUCCAGAGGGUACUGCCUUCACCGAGUCUAACGCUGCCGGUGUCACUGAGAGCAAUGGUGUCACUGAGGGUGUUGCAUCUUCCAAGACAUCUAGUGGCUACAACACUUUCGAGUCUAUCUACACUUCUUUCAGCAGCAGUGAGCCAGAAGCUACUGUGUCUGCUUACGAGGCCGCUGCCUCCGUUCCAAGGGUGAGCCUCAAAUGGUUGCUCCCACUUGCAUUUUUCGCUAUCGCUUAG